GCGUGUGCUAAUUUGUUGAAUUGGCUGGAAGUGUUACAGCUUAUACUGUUUAAAUGGUGAUGUGUGCUCAUCGCUCAGGUCUCGAUCCCGGUGUUUAUGCACUUCAUGGCGGGGUAUAGUUUUAGAUAUGCAGCUUGAUGCCUCCUCCGAUCGCCCCCACCCGGCCGUGCCAUUCGUUGCCCUCCAUGGCCGGGCGGACGUGGAGGUCGUCCGCUGAUGCACGGCUGCAUCUGAUGUGCCGAACGCAUCAGGCCGCUGUGAAUUGAUAUGGCCAUUGUGAAUUGAUUUUGGGAGAUCGGAUGGCUAGAUAGAGUAAAUAGAGUGCUCGUGCUUUUGACAAAUUCGACAGAUAUAAACUGUUGGAAAACAUACCUUUUCAAAUCCAACCUGGAAUACCCCAAAAAUACACGCAGCAGACCUGUGGGCAACUCUGCAACCAGCCUAAACUUGGUUGACAUAUAAUUUUCCUCUUCGAAGGCCCGCACCACAAGUUUUUCUUGUUUCUUUGUAGUAAUUCAUUUGCCCGUCUCGUUCGACGUUUUGAUCUCCAGCCGGCGCGAUGUCGGCGGGAGGAGGGCACGGCGACGGCUGCUCGAUGCCGCCGCUACUGUCUCCGUCCCCGUUCCACCUGCUGGAGGUCACCGUCAUCUCGGCGCAGGACCUGCACCGCCGCCGACUCGGCCGCCGGGUGCGAGCGUACGCCGUGGCGUGGGCUGACGAGGCGCAGAAGCUGCGCACCGACGUGGAGCGCGCCGGCGGCGCCGUACCCACGUGGAACGACAGGUUCCUGUUCCGAGUGGACGACGCCUUCCUGCGUUCCGACACGGCAGCCGUCACCGUCGAGGUGCGCGGCGCCCGGAGCCUCCGCGCCGACCUCGUCCUCGGCUUUACGCGGAUCGUGGUGAGCACGUUCGUGCGCACCUCCGGGCCGGUGCCCACCCACGGCCGGCAGGUGGCGGCGCUGCAGCUCCGGCGGCCGCGGUCGCUACGGCCGCAGGGCAUCGUGAACGUGGCGGUGACGCUGCUGGACGCCGCCCACGCGUCGCGCACCGUGCCGCUCUACGACGCGCCUGAUUCACCCGGCGCGUUCGCCGUGAAGGACCUCGUGAUGCAGAGAUCAGCGUCGCUGUGCAAGGUCGCCGAGGACAACGAUCACGAGCCGGACGACGAGGACCAAAAGCCGGUAAGCGUUUAUCACUCCGGGCGGCUGGACCCCAGGAGCGCGGACGUCGAGCAGAGGAAGCUGGAGCUAACGCUCGAGAAGUGGAAGGCGGACCUAUCGCCGGGCCGGAGGGAGGACGGCCGCGGCGGCCUGCGGAGGCGAGGCCGGGUAUCGUGCUUCCGCGGCAGCGGCGAGUGGGACAGGUAACAACGAUCAUCCAAGCUCUGGACGGCCCAGGACGCGCGCGGUUGAUGCAUGCAUGGGCUGCAUAGAAAGCAGCGCGGCAGGAAGCGCAUGUAACAUUGGUGAGUAGAUGAAGUCCGGAACAGACGGAAUCGACACCGUUGAAUUGGUGAUCGAAUUGUUAACCACAAAUUGAUCAUGGAAUUAGCUGUUUUGAGUUUGAACGCCCUAACUAAAGAUUAGCUUGCAGCGACACUGAACAUGGAAAAUGCGUUGCAGAAAAUUGCUGUGAUUGUGCACAAAGUAGAAUCUUUGAUAUUUUAGCACGUGAUCCUAUACGGAAACAAACACAAAAUGGAAAGAAAUAAUACUGUUAUGACUUUA